UUUGUUUAUAUCUGCAGUUUUAUUUUUUAUUUAAAUGGCAGCGAGUAUAGGACUGGCCAUGAAUCCGCCGCACACUACAGAGGAGAGGGCGGUUUUCACGCAGCUGAAGCCGGUCAGGAUGUCGGGGGCGGACGGCGCAGAGGACGCAUCCGUGUUCGAGGAGGUGAAACCCGGGACUCGUUCGGAGAUGGAGAAGUAUCUCCCCCAGAUCAGCAGCCCCCUCUUGCACCCCAGUGCCGCCGCCGCCUCUGGCGACAAGAAGUACCGGCGGGAGAGCGCCUCUGUGGUCGACGAGUACUUCUCUGAGGACAAACCAGCCGCGCCGUACAGCCUCAACAUAAACCUCAUACUUCCGAACACCACACACCUCCGCACGGGCCUGUACCGACCCAACAGCAAGGCCCAGCAGAUCAAGACAGAGCCGGGGCUGGAGGUGCCCUGCUCCGCACCCACCACCGGCACCCAGGCCCUGCCGGACUUCACCUCCGUCUUCAACAUGCAGCCAGCAGUUAACAACCUCUUCAUCAAACCAGACAUGAGCGCCGGCGGCGUGGUCAGCCUGACUCCCCAGCAGCAGCAGCAGCAGCAGCAGCAGCCAAAUUUGGAUGCAGAGCUGCACAUCGGGCCUCCGGCGCCGCAGCCCCAGGUCUACCACAUGCCCAUCGCCAGCGGCGCCGACCUCACCAUGACCGUGUCCCACAGCAGCCAGUCGCCGUCCGGCUCCACCGGCAGCAGGACCAUGCUGAACCUCGGCAGCGUGGCCUUGACCGCAGCGAACGGCGACUACGUGAUGCCCGAACACCAGCAGCCGCAGCACCACCACGUGUACUACCAGCUCUCUCCGGCCCACCCGCCUCAGCAGCCCCACAGCCUGCCGCCCUCGCCGCCCAACUCCCAGCCCGGGAGCCCCGACACCCAGGCCGAGCUGCUGAGCGUGGCGCCGCAGCAUCAGCAGCUGCCUCCGCCCUACCAGCAGCGUGCAGCAGGGCUGAAGGUGCCGGGAAUGUCCCAUCAUGCACUGCUGAUGACACACGGGCAGGGCAUCCUGACGGGUCCCAGGUACAACAGGCGGAACAAUCCUGAGCUGGAGAAGAGGAGGAUCCACUUCUGUGACUUUCCAGGCUGCACCAAAGUUUACACAAAGAGCUCUCAUCUGAAGGCACACCAAAGGACACACACAGGUGAGAAGCCGUACCGCUGCACCUGGGAAGGCUGCGACUGGCGCUUCGCCCGCUCCGACGAGCUGACCCGACACUACCGGAAACACACGGGCGCCAAGCCCUUCAAGUGUGUCGCCUGCAGCCGCUGCUUCUCCCGCUCCGACCACCUGGCCCUGCACAUGAAGCGCCACCAGAAUUAACACACAUAUACAAACAGCCCAUGCAAAAACACACACAGAUACACUCCCACACACUUACAUUACAUGCAGUCAUCAGAACUGUGGUGUCAAGCUCCCAUGAUGCAUCUGGGACUCCUGAUCUGCAGGUUUGCGCCUGGAAAAAAAAAAAAACAUCCUUCUCCUCACGACAACAAGGAAAUAAUUCUUUUUCUACAAAUUUGCUGCCAACUUCACCACCAUCACCUUCAUCGACAUCAUCAUCAUCAUCAUCAUCAUCAUCAUCAUCAUCCACUGUCAUUUUGAGGUAUGAACUUUAAAGGGGAAGUGGACAGAGAAGGCGUGUCCACGUCUCUGUCCCAUGUAAAUUUGUGUUUAUAUACGAUGUGUGCAUAUAUGUGUCUGAAAAUACAACGAAUGUACUGAGAUUUAUACUUGACUUUUUUUUGUCUGUUUGUUUAUUUUUACAUCUGAUGUUAAUAUUAUUAAUAUUCCAUGUUGAUAAUAGUUAAUAUUCCCUCGAGCUGAGAAUGAGUAAAUAAAUAAUCAACAGAAACUAUCAGAGAACUUUCUGUGGAAAAGUUAAUGAUCUCCUAGCAGGACCCGUGCGUCCGCACAGGUAUUACCUGUCGAGAGCCUGGAGAAACACAGCCACUUGCCAAUGUUUGUAUCCGUGACAGCACCGGUUGCCACGACGACAGAGCUCCAUUGACGACAGCUCGCGGUUCGCUAUGCAGUUUCUCUUGAGUGCUUUUCUUUUUCUUUCUUUCUUUCUUUCUUUCUUUUUUUUUCUCCUCCCACUCCUGUUUGAUCAAGUGAAUAGACAGUCGGUUGCAGUUAUGUAACCAGUGUAUUUUUCCGGUUGUUGUUGUUACGUACACUUAAAGUCAGACUGGCAUGUUAAAUUAGCCUUGUACUGGAAUUCAGUUUUUCUCUUUUGCAUAUAAAUAUAAUAUGAUUUUAAUUUCGGAGUCAGCUGUCGUCUGUCUCUGUGAAGCCGGGCGGAUCACUUCACCUGCCAACAGGAAUCAGUAGAGAAAACACAAAGAACAAAUAAAGAGUUUGAUUCCAAGAAAUUAAACAUCCAAUAUUUGCAGAGAAAAGAGGCACCUUAUCCUUAGAGAUGGUUGAUAUUACAAAAAAAAAAAAAAAAAGAAGAAGAAGAAAAAAAAUACUUAUUUGGAAAGAAUAAUAAGCAACAUGCAGAAGUGGUUGACAAAAGGCCUUCAGUUCAUUUCAAACUUGAUUUCAGUCUCAGGGUCCAGACAAGACAGGUCUUUAUAUAAUUACACACAAAAGCACAACAAAAGAUCAGAUCAUGGCUUGAAAAAAAAAAAGAGAAAUAUGUCUUAUAAAGAGAGAACGGAGCCAGUGUGUGCGCAGCUGGGAUUGCAUGAGCAUGAGAUUACCUAAAACAGUUCAACUUGAUCUCGAGUCAUAUUCUCAUGGCAUCAGAGGCCACUCUCUGUAAGCUUGCAUUUUCUACUUUGACCACAAGUGUGCAGUGUAGAGUGGCGUGCAAAAAGACAGCCGCGUCUGUACACACACUGAACCUGCGUGAGAGAAUGUUUGCAUCGUGCGGCACUGCCUCUCAGCAUCAUCAUCCUCUGUCGUUUGUUCUGUAAUACAAUGUCCAAGAUUUUUUUUACGUCGCUAGACUCCGAGAUCAUUAUCAGGUUAUUAUGAGUAAACGGCUGCAGAUGAGUCAUGGCUGCUUGUCUCUCAGCGCAGCAGCCAUUCAGUGAGAGUGGGUGUAAGUUUGUGCUUGGGGGGGCAAAAAAAAAAAAAAAAAAAAGCCCUCUUCACAGUGUUUUCACACGUUCUGUGCUGGUGUGACUGCAAAUAUCAUCACUUUGCAAACAAAGUCCAACCCAGCUAAAACCGACCUUUGAAACUAGAGCUUCACUUCACUAAUCCUUUAAUUGUCUUAUAUGUGUUUAUGUGUCUGAAUAUAACUCCAGCUGAUCUGAAUUUAAUUGUCUUAUAUGUGUUUACAGUUUUAUAGAUAGAUAGAUAUUUAUAUAUAUAGCCUGGGGUUCAGGGAAAAAAAAUCAAAAUUUGAAUCUCUUUAAAAUACAGAGGAUCCAGUCUAAAAAUACAUUAAUAAAUACAAAUGUAAAAUUGUCCAAUAUCAUUCUGUUAACCACAAAUAUCCUACUCUCUGUUAAAAAAAAAAAAUAUACAAGAAUGUGUUUUAAUUAUGUAUAUUUUAUUUAUCUAUCAUUUCCUGAGAGUGGGUGUCGCUCUUUUUAAAUUUUGGAUGUCUCAUUUUGGAACUCCAAUAUUGUCUGAACAUAACUCCAGCUAAUCUGAAUUUUAUUGUUCUUUUUUAAUUUGAAAGGAGUCUGUGAUUAUAGUCCUGUCUAAGCCCAUAUUAAUCUCUUAAUUUCUAUCACAUAAUAUGGUUGUCCAGGCUGAUAUUACACUCAUGCAGAGUGUUUGAACACUCCUGGUUUGUAAAUUUAAACCAGGCUUGUAAUGACAAGACUUGUACACAUGUCCCCCACCCCUUGCCAAAAUAAUAAUAAUAAUAAAAUAAUAAUUCAAAUUAGCUGUAGUGGCUCUGGGCUUCCAUCGCUGAUCUCAGCCUUUAGAUUUUACUGCUCACUGUUUUCAUUCCUCAGCCUUUGCUUUGUUUUCUAGCACUUCUCUGCCAAUAAGAAUAUGUUGAAAUAACAGGAGGAGUCACCCGAGUCCAGGCACACACACAGGCCUGCACUGAGAAACGAUGCUGCAUGUGGCUUUCAGCGCUCUUUAAAGGAAAAAUCCACCCUAAAAUGCUUUAAUGUUGUCAGAAACACAGCUACUGAUGUUGAAAGUUUGUGCGUCUGUUUCUGUUUUGGCUCUUGCCAGGUGUAUUCCUCAUCUUUGGCGAACGCAGACAUGACAUCAGGUAUCAUGUUGAGAUAUUUUCCAGAUGACAUAUUGUUGAAAGGCAUUCUGGGAAAUGUAGGAAACCACUAGCUGAAGCAGAUGUGGGUGAAGGAGGUUGAGGGAAAGUGGGUUCACCUCAAAAAAGAAAAAAAAAAAAAAACCUCCUGGAAUGAA